UUGGAUCAGGAUGGCGGUUUUGUGUUGGAUUGCGCCGCGUUGGGUUGCACUGCACUUCUUACACUUUCUCAUUUAACGCGUGCGUGCCUUUGACGCUCAGCCUUUCCUUUCCAUUCGCGUUAACGCUUGGCGAGAUCAAUCAAACGUCAAAAGAAGUGUGAUACUUUUCCACGGUACACUGUCAAAGUGCAUGAUGGAUGCACCAUGCACAAGACAUGACUUUCUCGCAUUUACACUGCUAUCAUCAUCAUCAUCACAAAUGUUUCAUCAUCAUUCUCUUUGCUAAACAAUUGCUCACUCUUGCGACUGCUUUCACUCUCUUUCACAGCACGGAAUCCCGGCAUCACCUAUGAUUUGCUAGAUCAGCUUCCUUUCUAUUCACCUCUCUGAUCGUGGAAGUUGCAAGAAUACCACCAUUAUAAUACAACAAUACAAACAUGGCAGAAGGUGAUCCAGAUGAUGUCACUACAACACCUUCGCGCAUCUCUGUUCAGGCAUUGAUGUCACCAGCACAAUCUCCAAAGCCUACAGCAAAUGGAAACAGCCCAGAAGUGAAUGGAAAUCAAAGUCCAAGUAAAUUGUCACAAAAAUUAGAAGAAGAGAAUCAUGCAGAUGAAGAUGGAGAUGUUGAAUUCGUUGACGCGAAUGAAGGAACGUCUGCUUCACGUAUCAAUCCUUCCCGCAAAGCAAAAUCGAUAGCCACAGAAGAAACGGCGGAAGAGCUACAUGCCACAGCAGGACAAUCGGAAAAUGAAGAUGAAGAAGAGGACGAAAGCUUUGGAGUAGCAGGACAGGAGCAAGAUGAAGGAGUGGAAGAUGACGAAGAUGACGAAGAAGAUAGCGAUGAAGAUGAGGAAGACGAGGAGGACGAUGACGACGACGACGAAGAUGAUGAUGACAGCAGCGAAGGAGAUACCGCAGAGGACAAAUCGGAGAUGGAGGGUGUAGAAAAGGCAAUUGGAGCAGAAAAUAAUUCCGAGAGUACGACAGCACACAAGGAGACAAACGGCAAUUCAAGCAGCAGUGCGCAGCCGAUAGAGAACGACAAUGCGGAGAAAGAUGAAGUCAUGACAGAUGCACAGAAAGAAGAUGGAGCAGAAAAGAAGGGAAAGAAAGGGCUAAUGAAAAAGAAGCUGAAGAGAAGGAGUCCUUCCGUAGAGCUCGUUCCUGCUGGACCACCUCCUCGUCCAACAGUACGAAUCAAAAUCAGUCUGGCGAAAAAUGAAGAGGAUGCAUACAUGACCAAUAUACCCGAUGAGGUGUACAAAGUACUUAAAGAAAAGGAUGAUGCUUGGGCAAAAUGGUAUGCAACUACGCUGCCCGCUGAAGAAGAGCCAGAGGAAGAGAAAGAAGGCGAUAGAGAAAAUGGAGAUGGGGCAAACUAUUUGGAGGAUUUGGGAGGACUAGCUCGUCUACUGCAAAAGUAUCCCGUUCAAGGUCCAAGUGAUGGAAAAGGGAAGGGCAAAGGGAAAGGAAAGAAGUCGGAAAUGGAAUAUGAGAUUGGGGAAUAUGACACAAAAGAUCCUUUCGUGGACGAUUCAGAACUUAAUGUUGAUGAGCCAACAUACUCUGCCAAGCCAUCAGCAUCUGGCUUCUUUGUCGUUGAGGGAGAGAUUGAAUUGGAAGAAGUGGAAAGGAGUAAGCUGGAAGCUCAAAGAGAGGAAUUGCUGCUACUCAAUGCUGGUAAGCGUGGACAGAUGCCUGCCGGUUUCGGACAGACUGAUCCAGGACCUGAUGGAACCGAUGCUGGAGGAGCAGGAGCGAUCUAUGUGGAAAAGGGUGCAGAUGCAACCAAUGCAUCUGUUAUCAAUACAAUGUUGAGCAGAUAUGCGGAUGUUCUCAAGAUUGCUCCACUAUCCGAAGAAGAGCAAGCUGAGGAAGCAAAAGAAGGAGAGACAGAGAAUGGGAAAGACGGGGAGAGAAGUGCACCUUUUGCUCCUAUUCAAGCGAUCAAGUACCCUACCAAACCCGUUCCACGAAGGCUGGAAAAAGAGUUUAUUCAUCUUCGUCAAUUAGCAGCAAAAGAGAGUUGGUUGAAAAAGUCCAAAUUCCCUCCAGAUCUUCGCGAUCCUUUAGUGCGUGCAAGUAUGGUAGCCAUUGCAUUGGACGAAUUCAACGACAAUUUCUUCAAUUGGCUACCACAAAUUUUUCCUUAUAAUCGACAUACGUUAAACAAAUACGUUCGAAGGCAAACAUACAACGAUCAUGUUGCUUUGAUGAAAACGUUUAUGGAUAUGCAAGAAAAGGGUAUGAAACGACAGAUCGACUCAAUUCAUGAAGAAAUGACGAAAUCAUUUGAUGAAGCCAUGAUUGCUUGGCAAGCUAGAGGCAGCAGAGAUGGAACGCCAACUGCGAGCGGGAAUGUCAAUGAAGAAAAGCCCGCUGAAGAAGCUGCGGAGAAAGAGCUAGGAGAAGGAGAACUAGACGAAGCAGAUGAAGAUGGAGCAAAUCCACCUGUGAACAAAAAUGACAAACCUGUCAAAAGAUGGCCAUGGACAGAGCCUUUACGUGAAACAUUGUUUACGAUUAUGACGAUCGAUAAUGCAAUGACGGAAAUCAGAACGGAAAAGAAUGAAUUGGAAAAUUCUAAGGAGAAAAUGAGCGUGAUCAAUGCACGUAAAGCCAUUUACAAACGCUUGAUUGAAUUAUGGCCAGAAUCAGGACUAACGACUACAACUGCAUUAUCAAAUCAAUAUGGAUUAUACAAAAAGAAGGUGGACAAAUUUGCCCUCAUGCUGCACGGAAGUACAGCAGCGAAUGGGGUGAUUGUACCGUAAUCUUUCAUACUCUUUGGCUUUUUAUCACUCUCAAUUGUACUCCUUACCAUCACAAAUCUUGUAUUUUUUUUCAAACAUUACCUCACAAAACGCACUGUAAU